CUCCUGAUGAAAGUGGCCAUCUUGAAAAUUUACGUAAAUUUUAAAAUAACUUUCGGAUGGCAAAUCUUGCUAAAUUCUCACCAUUUAUACGAUGCUCAUUAGCAUCCAGGGGUCUCACUCCGAUAUCAUCAGUAGUAAGGAAUGCUGCCACAGAAGCUGCUGAGAAACCCCCAGAGAAGACAAAAUAUGGACCUUUAGCGGACUCUGAUAGGAUCUUCACCAAUCUCUAUGGAAGACAUGACUGGAGAUUGAAAGGGGCUAUGAGCAGAGGAGACUGGUAUAAAACAAAAGAGAUAUGUGAAAAGGGAGUAGACUGGAUCUUGAAGGAGAUCACCAAAAGUGGCCUCAGAGGACGUGGUGGAGCUGGAUUCCCAACAGGAAUGAAGUGGGGCUUCAUGAAUAAACCAGAUGAUGGAAGACCAAAGUACCUUGUAGUAAAUGCUGAUGAAGGUGAGCCAGGAACAUGUAAGGACAGAGAGAUCAUGCGUCAUGACCCCCACAAGCUUGUUGAAGGAUGUCUUGUUGCAGGCAGAGCUAUGGGAGCUAGAGCAGCAUAUAUAUACAUCAGAGGAGAAUUCUACAACGAGGCAUCCAACUUGAACAUUGCUGUACAAGAAGCUUACCAAGCAGGUCUCAUUGGGAAAAAUGCUUGCAACUCUGGCUAUGAUUUUGAUGUUUAUGUACACAGAGGGGCCGGUGCUUACAUAUGUGGGGAAGAAACUUCGCUUAUAGAGUCACUUGAAGGCAAGGCAGGGAAACCUCGUCUGAAGCCCCCAUUUCCCGCAGAUGUUGGAGUGUUUGGCUGUCCUACCACAGUUGCCAAUGUAGAGACUGUUGCAGUAGCCCCAGCUAUAUGCAGGCGAGGUGGGGACUGGUUUGCGUCAUUUGGUAGGACUAGGAACUCGGGCACAAAGCUGUUCAACAUAAGUGGCAAUGUUAACAACCCUGUUACAUUUGAAGAGGAGAUGUCUAUGCCCCUGAAGGAGAUGAUAGAGCGACAUGCAGGAGGUGUGAUAGGGGGUUGGGAUAACCUACUUGGUGUCAUCCCUGGUGGCUCAUCAACCCCACUUAUACCUAAGAGUGUCUGUGAUGAUGUUAUGAUGGACUUUGACGCCUUAGUACAGGUUCAGACUGGUCUAGGCACAGCUGCUAUCAUUGUAAUGAACAAGCAGGCUGAUAUUGUCAAGUGCAUCGCCCGUCUCAUGGAGUUUUACAAACAUGAGAGCUGUGGCCAAUGUACGCCUUGCAGAGAAGGCACUGGAUGGAUGGUGAAAUUAAUGAAUAGAUUUGUGACUGGAGAGGCUAAGCCAGAUGAAAUUGAUAUGUUAUAUGAACUGAGUAAGCAGAUUGAGGGCCAUACUAUAUGUGCCCUUGGGGAUGGUGCAGCAUGGCCAGUACAGGGUUUGAUCCAUCACUAUAGAGAUGAGCUAGAGAGGCGUAUUGGGGUGUGGGAGAACACACGUCAAAGAACAUCUCUCUAGGGGGCUAAUUCGUCACUACAGACCAGAACUUCUCCGAAGAAUGGAGGAUUUCCAGAAGUCACAACAACAAAAAUCCGCACAAGCUUAAUGAAUAAACAUUUUAGCUAAUUAUAUUAGAGGACUGUAUCAUAAAUGGAUCUUAGAAUACAUGUCAGGCUUAGUUGGAAUAAUGUAAAUAUAGCCAAGAAUAAAAUGUUAUUCCAUCAUCCCUUUUCAACACAUAUCAAAGCUAAACAUGUGAGCUUAAAUAUUUCUUGAAAUAAGGUAUGGG